ACUGCAGGGUUAAAUAUAGUCGUGAGUAAAGCUUAUCACAAGACUUUGUUUACAAAGAUAAAGUUGUGCUGAAAUUAGUUUAAGCGUCUUUAUCAAACUUAACCGAAGUAAAUGUACUCAGGAGUAAAAAUUCUUUGUUUUCGGAAACGUGCUGAAAAAUAGGGUAGUAAAAAAAUAUUUCUGCACUGGUGGGAACAUUGCUGUGAGUAGUAAAUUUGUCAACUGCCAAGAGGUUAGUACGUGGAGCGUGCCGUAAAGGUGUGAUAGUUGUCGGCAUAGUUUAUUUCAAGAUGUCAAAAAGAACAGCUCCAACCGCAAAUGUAGACCUUGGGCAAAGAAGUCCAUCAAAAGACACAGAAAAAGCCCAGGCUUCCAAAGACAGUACUGAUGACCUUAAGAGUAUUACGGUCACACAUGUAACUGAUUUAAAGGUUAAAGUUGGUGAUAAGGAGGUAACUAUAGCUUACAGAGAAACAAAAUGCGAUGACGCCAAACUUAAUGUGUUAUUUUUGCAUGGACAGUCAUUCAAAUCGGAAACCUGGGCCAGUGGUCCAAUGUGGACACUACAGCUUUUAUACAAAACUGGAGGUUUCAGGGCUGUAGCCAUAGAUUUACCAGGGUAUGGUGACAGCCCUCCGGCUGUUGUGGACGGAGCAACAUUGAUUCAAGAAGUUAUACAUACUCUGAAACUGGAUAAGCCGGUGAUUGUGAGUCCGUCAAUGAGUGGAGGCUUCUUCCUGCCUUACAUGUUUAAAGAUCCUGAGAAUAUCAGAGGAUUUGUACCAGUAGCUCCUGUAGGGACAAAUAAGUACAAACCAGAAGAGUAUAAAAAGUUAAAGAUACCAACUCUCGUGAUAUACGGAGAAAGAGACAAACAUAGAGGGGCAAUGUCAAGAAAUGUCCUAGAGAAUUUGCCAGAACAUACAACAGUGGAAGUGCCGGGAGCUGGACACGCAUGCUAUAUGAACAAUCCUGAUUUUUUUCACAAACAUUUUAUUGAAUUUCUGAAAAGUUUAAUGAAAUGAGAAAUUGAUGCCGUGUUUGCCUCUGCGCAUAAAACUCAGCGGUAUCUUAAUGAUAGAAGGGUUGAUAGUUUAUAUUUGUACAUACAGGUAAAUCUGUACAUGCAUGAUUUUGUAAGCAUCUACAGUGUAAAAGUUUGAAACACUGCAUCAACUAAAUUUUGGUGAGUUUAGUUUAAACAUAUUUUAUUGCAUGUAAAACAUAUAUUUAUAUAAUGACAGCAGAGGUAGACAUUAACAGUCAAUGAAAUUAUAGCAAUAAGGUCGAGCUUCGAGUUCUGCCAACAUCAGUAAACAGCCCUUCCCUUAAAUCUAGCUGACACGUUUUAUGUAACGCUUUUAAACCGAAUUUCAUCAUGUAAGACCUUUCAGGUUUUCAUAUAGUAAGCAAAUAAGUAAAUUUAUCGGAUGUUCUUUAGCAGAAGCUUCAUGAAAUAAUUAUAAUUAUGUAUAUACAUAGGGAUUAAUUAUAUAUAUGAAUAAAAGUACUCAUAAAAAUCUCAACAUCUCUGUUUUAUACUGUAAAAUCAUUUCAUUUUGUGGGCGCGAACUUCUAUUGUUUUUGCCAAGAUGGCUGCUAGUAUUUUGUGUGGAUAUAAAUUUGUGGAUUCAAAGUUUUUAAAAUAUGUAAAUGAAAGGUGGAUUUAAUUUCUUUGCUCUAGGCAUCCAUGAAAUCCACAUCUGUUAAUCCCUCAAGAAUGUUAAUUUUUCACAAUGUCGCUGUUUUAUAUUUAUUAUGCCCCCCUUUGAAAAAGGAGGGGUAUAUUGUUUUGCAGAUGUCGGUCGGUCUGUCGAUCGGUCGGUCGGUCGGAAUGUAGACCUAUCCGUUUCCGGAUGAUAACUCAAGAACGCUUAGGCCUAGGAUCAUGAAAGUUGAUAGGGAGGUUGGUCAUCACCAGUAGAUGACCCCUAUUGAUUUUGAGGUCUGUAUGUCAAAGGUCAAGGUCACAGUGACCCUGAAUAGUAAAACGGUUUCCGGAUGUUAACUCAAGAACACUUGGGCCUAGGAUCAUGAAAGUUGAUAGGGAGGUUGGUCAUCACCAGCAGAUGACCCCUAUUGAUUUUGAGGUCAGUAUGUUAAAGGUCAAGGUCACAGUGACCCUGAACAGUAUAACAGUUUCCGGAUGAUAACUCAAGAACGCUUAGGCCUAGGAUCACGAAAGUUGAUAGGGAGGUUGGUCAUGACCAGCAGGUGACCCCUAUUGAUUUUGAGGUCAGUAUGUCAAAGGUCAAGGUCACAGUGACCAGGAACAGUAAAAUGGUUUCCAGGCAAUAACUCAAGAACGCUUGGGCCUAGUGUCAGGAAAAUUGAAAGUUAGGUUGGCCAUGACCAGCAGAUGACCCCUAUUGAUUUUGAGAUCAGUAUGUUAAAGGUCAAGGUCACAGUGACCCUGAACAGUAAAACAGUUUCCGGAUGAUAACUCAAGAACGCUUAGGCCUAGGAUCACGAAAGUUGAUAGGGAGGUUGGUCAUGACCAGCAGGUGACCCCUAUUGAUUUUGAGGUCAUAAGGUCAAAGGUCAAGGUCACAUUGGCCAGGAACAGUUAAAUGGUUUCUGAUCUUCUUGUCCAAAACCAUAGGGCCUAGGGCUUUGAUAUUUGGUAUCUAGCAAAAUCUAGUGGUCCUCUACCAAGAUUGUUCAGAUUAUUUCUCUGGGGUCAAAUAUGGCCCCACCCCUAGGGUCACAUGGUUUAUAUAGCCUUAUAUAGGAAAAAGCUUUGAAAAACCUCUUGUCCAAAACCACAGGGUCUAGGGCUUUGAUAUUUUGUAUAUGACAUCAUCUAGUGAUCCUCUACUAAGAUUAUUCAAAUUAUUCCCCAAGGGUCAAAUAUGGCUCCGUCCUUUGGGUCACAUGGUUUACAUAUACUUAUUUACAGUGUGCAUAUAAUUUCUGUUCCUUGUGCAAUUACUAAAUGCAUCAAGGGGGGCAUUUCGUGUUCGACGAGCUCUUGUUACAUAAUCAUUUGGAGUUAUGCACAUAAUUAUUUGGAGUUAUGAACACACUGGUGUUUUUUGUGUUUUUUUUUAAAUUGUUGUUUGUGCACUUUCUGUAUUUUAUGUAUUUGACAAGAUAAUUAUAUAUGUAAAUAUUUAUUAUGGAUAUUGCAAUGUUGCAGAAAUUUAAGAGCUAUUCUUCAUCUUAUUUUUAAAUUAGUAUAGUUGAUAAAAUAACCGUGACAUAAGUUUUAACUUUAUUGUGAAAUAUUAGGAACUGCGGUUUGAAAUGUCAAUAUAUUUUGCAGAAUGUUGUUUGCUGUAGAUCUAUUACUUAUAGAGUUAGAAAGUCGCCAUAUGACCUAUAACUCAACAGAAACAAAAAACGAAACAAAGUUAAGAGGCAUUGACUUGACAGUGUGCAUAUUUUCAUAUAGAUGUGCCUAUAUUGAGUGAUACAUAUGUAUAAAAAAAAAAUCUUCAUGACAGUUAAAGAAUAGAAAUUACCAAAAUAUGACUUCCUAAGACAAGUGGCUGUUUAAUAGAGGUGACCACUUACACAGGUUUGACUAUAUGAUGAAAUGGCAUAAUGAACAGUUUAAUAUACAAUGAAAUAGAGGACAGGUUGUAAAACUGAAGUUAAAGCAAGAUAUACAAUAUGUGAGAAUGUAUAUCUUACAGGGUAAAUAUGAUAUUUGUGUAAAAUCAAAAAUCGUUACAUGUAGUUUCAAAACUUUUGUUUCAAAGAUACUUUAGGGAACAGAUAAUGAUCACUCAAGACAUGUGUAUUUGUAGAUAUAAUUGUAUUUAAUUUAUGCUGGCAUCUUCUAGAGAGUCCUGUCAAAGUUUGGUGUUAUCAAGCUUUUCAAAAAGCUGUAAAAUUCACAUACUUCAGAUUUAUAUUACUAGCUAAUUAACAGGUAAUUUAUUUGGACAUUGCAUGCAGUGAUGUAUAAAGGAGGGCUUAUCAAGAAGUUUUUUUUAUUGCUUUGUUGUUGUUGUUGUUGUUGUUUUUUUUUAUUUAAUGAUAAACAGAUAUUUUUCAUUCUUUUUCUAUACCUGUAUUGUAAUAUCAGAUACCUUAGCAUGAGGGUAAUUUUACAAAACCUAGAAACAUUCAUUAUUUUCAAUAUUCAAUAUUAUAAAAACCAUAAAUUGUUCAUGUCAUUAAUAGUAUUGACAAUGGAGAUUUGAAAAGAAAAAACUCUUGUGAAAUAAUCUAGAAUACUAAAUAAUAUAAGAAUUAUUCCUUCAUAAAUAUUUUUGGUUUUACGAUAGAAUGGAUUGUGGCUAGCAGAAGGGUCGUCAGAACUAAUCUAUCACCAGCACGUCUUCAGAUCCAAAGCGUAGCGCUAAUUGGAGAUGUACUUUAGUCAGACUGCACAUAGCUAAAACUGGUGUAUAUAUUGUAUAUGUGAGGGUUGUUAAGCUACUUCGGUUAGAUUUUUAAAUAUUGUGUAUUACUAUUUAUAAAUAUUGUUAUGAUGAUUAUUGUGCAAGUAAAACUUUAAAACAGUUGAAA